ACCGGCUAUAUACGGAUUCAAAUACAAAAAUGACGUUUCAGUUCAGAAGGUUGACGGCGCGGGACAGUGUCUGGCAUGCUUUCUUCUCAUAGAGGACAACCGUUCGCUCAGCGGUGCUGCGGAGUGGUGGUGAAACGGACAGCGGCGCUGAGGACAUGAGAUUUUGAUGGCAUCUAGGAAACACUGGACUUGUAUAGGUUACUACCUGCACUAAUUCAGAACGUUUUGUAAAAUUUUGAACACGACGGUAUUUCUUCGUGGUGAGAACGCAACAUUGUAGGAAUAUUUGCACCAUGGAUUCUUACGCAUACUCGUCCAACAGGCUGGCUUACCUGGCAUCACGGUAGAUGCAGAAUUAACAUUUGGGCACACAUCCUCAGCAUCAGCUGUCCUGGCUGGCUUCUAAAUAAAGUGGGCUCUGCUGCAGGAUGACAACAUGGCCCCUCCGCUGCUCGCACCCCCAGGCCCGGACAGCUUCAAGAGGUUCACCCGGGAGAGUUUGGCCAACAUCGAAAAACGCAUCGCUGAGGAGAAGAAGAAGAAACCUGUCAAGCCCCGAUCUGACAGCAGCCACCGCGAUGAGGACGACGACAGUGGCCCUAAGCCCAACAGUGACCUGGAAGCAGGGAAGAGCUUACCCUUCAUCUAUGGGGAUGUCCCUUCAAAGAUGGUGGCAGUGCCUCUGGAGGACUUGGACCCCUUCUAUAUGAACAAAAAAACCUUUAUAGUGCUAAAUAAAGGGAAAACGCUCUUCCGUUUCAGUGCCACUCCAUCGUUGUAUAUCAUUAGCCCUUUUAGCCUGUUUAGGCAAAUAGCUAUUAAAAUUUUGAUACAUUCAGUUUUCAGCAUGAUCAUUAUGUGUACAAUUUUGACCAACUGUGUAUUCAUGACAUUCAGCCAACCCCCAGAAUGGUCCAAACAAGUAGAGUAUACCUUCACAGGGAUCUAUACCUUCGAGUCGCUCACAAAGAUUGUGGCUCGAGGUUUUUGUAUAGACGGCUUCACAUUUCUCAGAGAUCCCUGGAACUGGCUGGACUUCAUGGUCAUCUCUAUGGCAUAUGUAACAGAGUUUGUGGACCUGGGGAAUGUAUCAGCCCUGAGAACCUUCAGGGUUCUACGAGCUCUCAAAACUAUUUCUGUCAUACCAGGACUGAAGACCAUUGUGGGGGCUCUGAUCCAGUCAGUGAAGAAGCUGUCUGAUGUCAUGAUUCUGACUGUCUUUUGCCUGAGUGUAUUCGCCCUCAUUGGUCUCCAGCUCUUUAUGGGCAACCUCCGACAAAAGUGUGUUUACUGGCCAAUCAGCAACCUCACGGUCACCUACCUGUCCAAUGGGAGCAGGGGCUUUGACUUUGGAGAAUAUAUCAUGAACGACACCAACUUCUACUUCCUGCCUGGAAUGUUGGAUGCUUUGCUGUGUGGAAACAGCUCAGAUUCAGGGCGGUGUCCAGAGGGCUACACCUGCAUGAAAGCCGGCCGUAAUCCCAACUAUGGCUACACCAGCUUUGAUUCUUUUGGGUGGGCCUUCCUGGCUCUCUUCCGACUCAUGACACAGGACUUUUGGGAAAACCUGUACCAGCUGACUUUGCGGGCAGCAGGGAAGACCUACAUGAUCUUCUUUGUGCUGGUGAUCUUCGUGGGUUCCUUCUACUUGGUGAAUUUGAUUUUGGCUGUAGUAGCCAUGGCUUAUGAGGAGCAGAACCAGGCCACCAUGGUGGAGGCUGAACAGAAAGAGGCGGAGUUUAAAGCUAUGCUGGAACAGCUCAAGAAACAGCAAGAGGAGGCUCAGGCCAAUGCCAUGGCCACGUCAGCAGGGACAGUAUCGGAGGACGCCGUGGAGGACGAUGGAGGAGGACGUCUCUCCCGCAGCUCCUCUGAGGUGUCCAAGUUAAGCUCCAAGAGUGCCAAGGAGCGUCGGAAUCGGAAGAAAAAGUGGAGGAAGGAACAGGAGAAGGAGAAAGGCGACAGCGAGAAGGUGGUGAAAUCCGAGUCGGACGACGGCAGUAAGCGGAGUCGUUUCCGCUUCCCUGACAACAGGCUCUGCAGGAAGACGUCCAUCAUGAACCAGUCUCUGUUAAGCAUCCCCGGCUCACCCUUCAUGUCCCGGCACAACAGCCGGAGCAGCAUCUUCAGCUUUAAAGGCCGCUCGCGGGAUGUGGGCUCUGAGAACGAGUUUGCUGACGACGAGCACAGCACAGUGGAGGAGAGCGAGGACCGCCGUGGCUCUCUCUUCAUCCCGUACCGACGCAACAGCUACAGCGGCUACAGCCAGGGCUCCUCACGUAUCAACCCGCUGGCACCACACUCUGGUUGCAAGCGGAACAGCACGGUGGACUGCAAUGGCGUGGUGUCUCUGAUUGGGCCAGGGCCUGGUCGGCUUCUGCCUGAGGUGAAAAUAGAUAAGGCAGCCUCUGAUGACAGUACCACGGAGGUGGAUAUAAAGAGGAAACACUCAGGCUCUCUCAUGGUGUCAGUGGACCAGCUCAAUACGUCUUUUGGAAGGAAAGAUCGUGCUAACAGUGCGAUGACUGUCAUCACUAACACACUAGUGGAGGAGCUGGAAGAGUCUCAGAGGAAGUGUCCACCAUGCUGGUACAAGUUUGCCAACACAUUUCUGAUCUGGGAGUGUUGUCCACUUUGGGUGAAAGUAAAGGAGAUAGUGAACCUAAUAGUGAUGGACCCGUUUGUGGACUUAGCCAUCACAAUAUGCAUUGUGUUAAACACAGUCUUCAUGGCCAUGGAACACUACCCUAUGACGCCACAAUUUGAGAAAGUGCUAUCUGAUGGAAACCUGGUGUUCACAGGUAUUUUCACAGCUGAGAUGUUUGCAAAGCUGAUAGCGAUGGACCCAUACUACUAUUUCCAGGAGGGCUGGAACAUUUUUGAUGGCUUCAUUGUUAGCCUGAGUUUGGUAGAGCUGGGGCUGGCUGAUGUGGAAGGGCUAUCAGUGCUCAGAUCCUUCAGAUUGCUGAGGGUCUUCAAGCUGGCUAAAUCUUGGCCAACUCUGAACAUGCUGAUCAAGAUCAUUGGAAACUCGGUUGGCGCCCUGGGGAACCUGACCCUUGUGUUGGCCAUCAUCGUCUUCAUCUUCGCCGUGGUGGGCAUGCAGCUGUUUGGCAAGAGCUACAAGGACUGUGUGUGCAAGAUCGCCCCGGACUGCGAUCUGCCCCGCUGGCACAUGAACGACUUCUUCCACUCCUUCCUGAUUGUGUUCCGUGUGCUGUGUGGCGAGUGGAUCGAGACCAUGUGGGACUGCAUGGAGGUGGCCGGCCAGUCCAUGUGCCUCAUUGUCUUCAUGAUGGUCAUGGUCAUUGGAAACUUAGUGGUGCUGAAUUUGUUCCUGGCUUUGUUGCUGAGCUCAUUCAGUGCUGAUAACUUGGCAGCCACGGACGAUGAUGGAGAGAUGAACAACCUGCAAAUCUCAAUCAUCCGCAUCAAGAAGGGCAUUGCCUGGGUGAAGGUCCACUUGCGUCUCCUGGUGGCGCAUGUCCUGAAGAAAGCACCACUGGAGGAUGAGGACAAACCUUUGGAUGACAUGUAUGAUAAGAAGCUGAACAUCAUAGGCAACCACACGGACAUCAAACGUGCGGAGAUCGACUACCCCAAGAAUGGCAAUGGCACGACCAGCGGGAUAGGCAGCAGCGUGGGGAAGUAUAUGAUUGAUGAGGACCGCAUGUCCUUCAUCCACAACCCCAACCUGACGGUGAGAGUGCCCAUCGCUGUGGGCGAGUCCGACUUCGAGAACCUCAACACAGAAGACUUCAGCAGCGAGUCUGAUGUGGAGAACAGCAAAGAUUUGGAGGACUACAGUUCUUCUGAGGGCAGUACUAUAGACAUCAAGCCUGAUGAGGAGGAGGUAGCUGCUGUAGAAGUGGUGGAGGAAUAUCUCGAUCCAGAGGCCUGCUGGACAGAUGGCUGUGUGGCGCGGUAUAAGUGCUGUGAUGUGUCCAUUACUGAGGGUUGGGGAAAGUACUGGUGGUACCUAAGGAAAACAUGCUACCUCAUCGUAGAACACAACUGGUUUGAGACCCUCAUUAUCUUCAUGAUUCUACUCAGCUCUGGGGCUCUGGCAUUUGAGGAUGUGUACAUUGAACAGAGAAAAACCAUCCAGAUCAUUUUAGAAUAUGCUGAUCGAGUCUUCACCUACAUCUUUAUCCUGGAGAUGUUGCUAAAAUGGGUAGCCUAUGGCUUUGUCAAAUACUUCACUAAUGCUUGGUGCUGGCUGGAUUUCUUUAUUGUGGAUGUGUCUAUAGUCAGCCUUAUAGCUAAUGCCUUGGGGUACUCAGACUUGGGCCCCAUAAAGUCCCUGAGAACUUUGAGGGCCCUCAGGCCCCUGAGAGCUUUGUCCCGGUUUGAGGGCAUGAGGGUGGUGGUGAAUGCUCUGGUAGGAGCCAUCCCCUCCAUUAUGAAUGUGCUAUUGGUUUGUUUGAUAUUCUGGCUCAUCUUCAGUAUUAUGGGGGUCAACUUGUUUGCUGGAAAGUACUACUACUGCUUUAAUGAAACCUCAGAGGGAAUGUUUGAAUCUACCGACGUCAACAAUAGGACGGAAUGUUAUGCACUCAUCAAUGCAAAUAACACAGAAGUCCGCUGGAAAAAUGUUAAGAUCAACUUUGAUAAUGUUGGAGCUGGUUACCUGGCACUCUUGCAAGUGGCCACAUUUAAAGGUUGGAUGGACAUCAUGUAUGCAGCUGUAGACUCCAGAAGGGUUGAAGACCAGCCUGUGUACGAAGAUAAUAUCUACAUGUACAUAUAUUUUGUUAUCUUCAUCAUCUUCGGCUCCUUCUUUACUCUUAAUCUCUUCAUUGGUGUCAUCAUUGACAACUUCAACCAACAGAAGAAAAAGUUUGGAGGCCAGGAUAUCUUCAUGACAGAAGAACAGAAGAAGUACUACAAUGCUAUGAAGAAACUGGGCUCAAAGAAACCCCAGAAACCAAUCCCCAGACCACAGAACAACAUCCAGGGGGUGGUGUUUGACUUUGUCAUGCAGCAAGCCUUUGACAUCUCCAUCAUGAUGCUCAUCUGUCUUAACAUGGUUACCAUGAUGGUGGAAACUGAUGAUCAGUCAGAUGAGACAGAGAACAUCCUAUACUGGGUCAACUUUGUCUUCAUCGUGGUUUUCACCGGUGAAUUCGUGCUAAAGCUGUUUGCACUACGGCAUUACUAUUUCACCAAUGGCUGGAACAUCUUUGACUGUGUUGUAGUGAUUCUGUCCAUUGUAGGUAUGUUCCUGGCAGAUCUAAUCGAGAAGUACUUUGUGUCACCUACUCUGUUCAGGGUAAUCCGUUUGGCACGAAUUGGCAGAAUAUUGCGUUUAAUCAAAGGAGCCAAGGGCAUACGGACCUUACUUUUUGCUUUGAUGAUGUCACUUCCUGCACUUUUCAACAUUGGCCUGCUGCUUUUCCUGGUCAUGUUCAUCUUCUCCAUCUUUGGCAUGUCUAACUUUGCAUACGUGAAGAGAGAGGUUGGCAUUGAUGACAUGUACAACUUUGAAACAUUUGGCAACAGUAUGAUAAUCUUGUUUAUGAUCACCACCUCAGCAGGGUGGGAUGGUUUGUUAGCUCCCAUCCUCAACUACCCACCUGACUGCAAACCUGAGAAGGAGAACCCAGGAACCACCGUGAAGGGUGACUGUGGCAACCCUUCAAUGGCAAUCUUCUUCUUUGUAAUGUAUAUCAUUGUGUCCUUCCUGAUUGUGGUAAACAUGUACAUUGCCAUUAUCUUGGAAAACUUCAGUGUUGCCACAGAGGAGAGUGCUGACCCACUAUGUGAGGAUGACUUUGAGUCAUUCUAUGAGAUCUGGGAGAAAUUUGACCCAGAUGCCUCACAGUUUAUCACCUUUGCCAAGCUGCCAGAUUUUGCCGAUACACUGGAGCACCCGCUACGUGUGCCUAAGCCCAACAUCAUUGAGCUGAUUGCCAUGGAUCUGCCCAUGGUAAGUGGAGACCGUAUCCACUGCCUCGACAUCCUCUUUGCCUUCACCAAACGCGUGCUGGGCGACAGCGGUGACCUAGACAUGAUGCGUCAGCAGAUGGAAGAGCGCUUUGUGGCGGCAAACCCUUCCAAAGUGUCCUACGAGCCCAUCACUUCCACGCUGCGCCGCAAGCAGGAGGAGGUGUCAGCUGUGGUGAUCCAGAGGGCAUACCGUGCCCACCUGGCCCGCCGGGGCAUUGUCUGCAAGCGUCGUGUCACCAACAACAAGCUGGAGAAUGGAGGGAUGAACCAGGAAAAGAAGGAAGGCACUCCCUCUACUGCGUCUCUGCCAUCCUACGACAGUGUAACCAAGGGCGAGAAAGAAAAGCAGGAUGACAACAAUGAGGGAAAAGGGCGUAAACAGAAGGGCCGAAACCAAAAAGACGUCAGGGAAUCUAAGUGUUGAGGCUGCGGCAGUGGUACGUGUGAGCACGACCAGUCAAGAUUACAGUAUAUUAAAAAUAACAACUGGAAAUGCAGGCAAGAUGAUUGGAAACCCUGAAUCAGACUUUAUAGGUGUACAGAUUAAUUUCAUUUGCAAGUAAGAAAAUGAUAUUUAAAAAAUCAAAGAGUAAUGGAACAAAACAAUAAUUGUUUACAAACUUCACAGGUGAAUGGAUGCACUGGGAAGUGUUGGGGUUUCUUCAAGCUUGACUCUUAAAGUUAAACCAAACAUAAUCAGCUUCCUGUGUGACACUGUUGCAUCAAGACUUGAUUUAAACAAACUCAAAUAGGAAUUUAACCAAGGAUUGAUACUUGACAUUGCGUAUUAGAGGGCUACACUGCACUUCAGGAUGGAACUCGCUACUGAGCAGGGAGAUGAGAAACCAAGGGAAAACUGGGAUUCACAGCAUGAUUUUCCCAACAUCUGGAGAAUCCCCAUGCUUAUGCAGUGCGUUUAUGGAAUUUCCGUAAAAGAAAUGAACACUGCUUAUCAUGGAAGAAUCGGGAAGCGCGAGCAGGGAUAUACAAAACUUAGAGCUUGGCUGAUUCAAAUGGUACCUUUGUGUUUGUCAGCACUAAAUAUGCUUUACAUGGUCUUUACAUUAUUUGAGCGGCAAAAAAAAGGAAAAGGGGGAGGAACAACAACAACAACAACAAAAAUAUAUAAACAUUCAACAUUUUGCCCAUGUCACCCUAAGUAACACUAUUAUAUCUUUGUUAUACUUGCAUCAAAAGGCUUUUUUUCUACAUGGGCUUUCACAGUGAUAGGAUAGGAGGCAAUUAUCUUGAGCCUUCAAUACACACCUCCAAAGGAAUAAUAAAUUAUUGUGCUUGUUCAAUGCAUAGAAAUGACUUGCAUGAUGGCAUGUUUUGAUCAGAAAUCUUGCAUGAAUAAUCAUAGUCCACAAGACACUAAUACAGACCACCACAGUGGCUUGACAAUAUGUUAAAGGCUGUCCACUGGCUAAAUUUAUUACUAGGAAUUGAGUAUAAUCUGAUUAUGUUAAAACUGAAUUGGCUGAAGACAGUUCAUUAUGCUGCGUCCUUUACUCGUCACUAUCAAGUACACUCUAAUAUAAACCAACUCUGGGUUUUGGCUUUAGAGAGCCUGUAACCAAUCAGUGGCUUUUGUUGAUUUAUAGAAAUGUGGCACAUCUCUGAGGUGAGUUGAACUAAAGAAGGAAAUCCCUUUUUUUUUUUUGCUGCUCAGGAGAUUGUAAAUGAAGAAAUUGAAUGUGUAUGUCAGGAGAUUAAAUGAGAAAUCCUUCUAGAAGGAAAAGGAACACUGUAAAUCCUAAAGGUUCUUAUUGUAUUUGUUUGCAGCAAUAUCUUACCUACAGCACUAGCCCCCUUGUGGGCCCUGUGGUAGGUGUAGGGUUGGUUUAGGUGGGAGGGGUGGGUGUAGGGUGGGGCAGUAUGAGGGGCAAAGCACAUUGUGUGGCAUUUAUGAUGCUUGUCAGGGGUAAGUUUUAGAUGGGCUAUGAAUAUGAGAAAGUGGCAGUUUUUUAUUUUAGAAAAGUAGUUGAGAUAUUAUUUAAUUGUUACAUUGUAUUACUUUAGAGAGUUCUGCUAAAACGUGUCUGUGUUAUGUCUGAUUUAGUCAAGCUCAUGUCAUAGCAAUGAACUGUGUUUUAAUGUACAUACAAGCCAUCACAUCUUUAGCAAUGGUAUUAUUGUAACUGGGGCAGGGAUGAAUGCCAAGCAGAGAGAACCUAAGAGAGUGUGUAUAAGGGAAUCACAACUGUAAAAGGAGAAGCCAAAGAGGUUUGUCUUGCUAUUCUAUGUUUGAUAGUUUUGUCUGAAAGUUUCUAGAAUGUCUCAGGAGAAGGAUGGGAAUGCAUCCCAACACUCCUGUUUUAUGCUUUCAGACUGAUGUUUGUUGAGUUCCCCCAUUUUUCUCAGGAUACAGCACAAAUGUAUCAUUCUAAUGAUGCUGAUGUCAUGAGGAAGGGCCAUGCUGGGGCUUUCUUUGGAAGGGCAGGGCUGGGUGUGCUGUCUCGACACUAAAAGAUUGGAGUUGUAUGGCUAAAAGGCAUGAGCCAAGCUCCAUUCACCACCCAAAGCAGCUUCCAGUUGUGUGGAAAUUUGAAUGUUCCAACUGUCAAAAAAACCUGACCAAUAAAUGGAGUAAUAAAAGUGUUGUAUGCUAUUGCAAGAAGGAGGCAAUCACUGUGAGACAAUAAGAUUAGAUUUGAAAAGUCUGACUGUCUAGUCAAAUAUCACCCACCAGUUCUCACCACUGAUGUUGUGGGGGGAAAGGUCUUUGUCUAAAAUUUGCAGUACACCAUCCCCUUGGUCAGCCAUAUUAACUAUCAGCCCACUGGUUUCAGAGCAACCUACUGUAAGCCAAGCCACCAUUGCACCAGAGCAAUUGCAUUACCUGUUGUAUAGUGAUGUCACAGAUAGUUUACCUUAGCUCCUAACUGGAACUGAUUGAAAGAGUUGAUGCAUGUGUGAUUAGUGAGGGCAUUGACCUGACCCCAAAAAACAAACAAAAAAAUCCACUUUGCUCAACAAAACUAACACCAUUCACACUUCCACAGCCAUCAAGGAUAAGGUGUGUAAAUGAUACAACAGAUCAUGAUGCAUUCAUUUAAAAUCAAACUAAAUAAAUGAAAAAUUCCAAAAACAGCAACAAAAAAAAAUAGUAUUGUACAGUACAGGCUAUGUUUUAAACAGCACAAAAUGCUGAAAAGUUAAGAAUGAACUUUUUAAGAGUCUAUAAAUAAUGUAAUAUAUAAUUUUGUUUUAACAGCAUGCAUAGUUUUGUGUAAAUACAGAAAUACUUAAAACUACUGCUAUUAAUCUAAUCCUGAAAAAAAAAAAA